AUGGCCACCACUUUCACGUCAACCAUUCACGACUCUAGGCAAUAUUUUUAUUCAACAGCAAUGGAUUCUUCAGCGGAUAAAGAAGAACGCAAGCGCGAGUACAAUCGUCUUGCACAAAGAGAAUUCCGCCGAAGAAGAAAGGAACACCUCAAGAACCUCGAGCAAGCCCAAAAAGAACAGAGCUCGGAGCAGUCUGAAGAGAUUGAGCGCUUGAGAUAUCAAAAUGACGAACUCAGAAGAGAGAACGAAACUCUUCGGGCGCAACUAUACGGUUCAACGACACAAAGUCUCCUACUUCAACCAGUAGGACAAAUUCCUUCCGAUCAUCGACAAUACUCUUUAUCCCCAUCUAUUUCUGGCGCAUCUAUUUCAAAUGCCGGUAGUCCCCCUGCUUCUUUAAGCUCGGAGAUGAUGUCGAUGGGCUCAAUACCAAUGACAUCUACGAUGAUUUCACCAUCCACAUAUGCAUAUGCCGAUUCGGCUGCUUUAUCUUCUCAGCCAUAUAUGGUACAUCAAUCCGGGCUCCGUCCACAUAACUCACAAAGCUCACCUGAUACAUCAGGAUACACACGGAAUGCUCGAUCUGCAAUGGGGCCUUCAAAUUUUCAACACCCCUCUCUAAGCGUCCCUCGAGCCAGCGGCAGUGGCAACGCUACCGACCAACAAACUAGGGCAUCCUCUUCCAGACAAAAUGUCUCGAUAACUACGGUGCCUUACAAUCGCAAAAGAUGUUGCAUUGAAAUUCGAGAACUUUUCCGACCACUCCUUUCCGACCCUUCUAUUGUGGAUGGCUCCUCUCCAGACCGUCAUCUCGCCCUUCUGCGCUCCAUGACUGACAUGCUUCCUCCAACCCUCAAGCCCAACACGUCACAACUCGAAAAAGCUCACUAUUACGCUAUUGAUAUGAUCGCUUCUCCUUCAUUGCGAGAACGACUGAUGGCUUUAGCUGGAGAUGUAGCGCUAAGCUUCAUUCGGGACUUUGGGAGUUGCAUUGGAGAGGCAGAUGACACGGGGCAAAUCAUUAUAUGGGGAGACGAUCCUUACAACGAGAUAUCUUGGGAGGUUUCGCAACCUUUAUUAGAGCGAUGGGGCUGGUUACUCGGCCGGGAUUUUGUGGACAGAAGCAAUGCAUGGAGGGCACAACGAGGUGCCCCAUCUCUACCUGAUUGGUAA